AGCACGCUCAGUUUACUGUUACGAAUGUGAUUCAUGGACAGAUCUCAGAUGCAAGGAUCCUUUCAAUUACACUGCGCUUCCAAGAGAUCAACCACCACUCAUGACCUGUAAUGGCUGUUGUGUUAAAAUGGUCCGCAAUGCAAAAUCACCAUACGAGAGUGUACGAAGGACAUGCACUUCACAAUUGCAAAUAAACUUAUUCAUGGUGGACCACGUGUGCAUGAUGGAAAGUACCGGCACUGGUCACAUGUGCUUCUGUGAGGAAGAUAUGUGCAAUAGGGUAUCUCAUUCCUCAAGCUUAAAUAAAACUCUCCUGAUCCUAUCUACUUUAUUCCUAAUCCUUAGUUCGCUCGUCAGGAGCUAA